CUAUGGCGUGCUUUUCUUGUACAAAAAUAAAAGUGAAAGUUCUUCAAAGUAAAACUCUUUUUUUUUGGUGAAAAAGUAUGCCUAAAUAUUUAGAAAAUCCUAGUCUCCUCACUAAGGAUCAACUCAAGUCCGAUCUAAAGACCCACGGAGUGAGUUUACCAAGAGGCGACCAGAGAAAACAGGUUUAUGUGGACCUUUAUUUGAAGCAUUUGACUUCGCAAAAUAAAAGUCAAACUAACGGGAUAUUGGGAUUCUCGUCCGACGAAGAAGAAGAAGACAAGCCUUCCCCGAAGAAGCCACCACAGAAACCUCAGAAAAUCUUAAUUAGGAAACCAGUGAAGGGGCUGCCAUAUGAUGUAAACUCUCUAUCAGAUGGAGAUCUUGCAAGGCAGCUAAGAAGCUAUGGUCAAGUUGUUGGACCCAUUACUGAAACAACAAGGCCUCUGUACCAAAAAAAAUUAAUCAAACUCCUCCAAGAUGAAAUGAAAAAUCCAGCCAGUGUUCAGCCAGUAGAUAAAACACCAAAAGCCUGGGAAUAUUCUGAUAAUGAGGACGAGGUGCCCAAUAGAACAUUUGAAGUUAAGAAAGAAAAAGAAGACAAACAUGUGGUUAACAUACAAGAUGAUGUUAAAGUUGAUGCUUCUCCCGAGCUGCCGCCACCACAGCUUUCGCAUCCAACCAAAGAGCGACCUCUCCCUCCAAGAGAGAGCACGCCAAAAAAGGUAAUAAAGAGAGAGACUAUGGUGUCUGAAUCUCACAUGGAGACAAGAAAACGAGUGUUUGAGUCUGACAAAAAACCACUAAAGGAAACCACGGUAAAAAAGUCAUCAAGUCCCACCACGACAACUAAGAUGAGUGGAUCAACCAAAACUGGAGCAUCAUGGGAGUGGAAAGCAGUUCUUGUAGUUUUAGCCCUUAUCACCAUCAUCUUGCUAGUUUAUUACUUCAUGGAAGAAUCCCGCGAAAAACCAGCCAGCAUUACUAGCCAAACGGGCUAACAUCAUUUUCUUCAGUACUCACUUCAGUCUCAGUUGUAAAUAGUUCGUGUCUGGGCUGGUAUGACUAGCCGCAGAUAAAUACUUGUCUUUUAUUCGGUAUCCUUUUUUGUUCGUUUGAUUAUUUUUCUUCUUCUUUCAUUUGUUUUUUUUUUUUUUKCACUCUUUUUUUAGUCAUGCAUAUACUAUUUCUUUGCAUUACUUUAUGUUGAUUAAUUAACCUGGUUUUCAACGCCGUAAACCUCUAUUAAACGACCACCAACUAAGCGAUUAACCUCUAUUAUACGGUCACCUACUAAGCGACCAACCUCUAUUAAACGGUCACCUACUAAGCAACCAACCUCUAUUUAGAAACAAUCAAUUGUUUUUUGACGCUAAGGAUCAUGGUCCCCAGAGGGGACGAAAUAGCAUCAACGUAAACAAAAAUAUAAUAAAAUUCGCUUUUGAGAUGGUGAAAAGUAAGGCCCCGUCCAUACGUAUCCGGAAAUUUCUUGAUCCGCCCUGAUGCACGCUUGUGCCUAGUCCCUUUGACGGAUAGUUUUACUUAUCGAGCAUGCGCAAAAUCGUAUUUACGUCAGCGUAUUCGAAAAUUUGCGGAUACGACCGUCCACACGUGUCCGUCGUAUUCGGAGCGUAUUCGAAAAUUUCCACUCUGGAGACCGUUUUCGAAAAUUUCCGGAUACGGAUACGCAAAUUUCCGGGCACAUGUGGACGCAACGCGUAUCCGCAAGGAAAAAUUUCCGGAUACAAAAAUUUCCGGGUUUGUGUGGACGGGGCCUAAGAUAAAUAUCCCGAACCCAGAAAGAUGUAGCCGGAAUACAGCUCAAUUUGGAGGACAUAAAAACAGGUUCUCAGGAGAUUGAAAUUCUUUUGUUUUGUCCUCCACAUUGAGCUCCUUUGACGUCACAUGCAAGAGGUCUAUUUUUAAUAUUUUGUCUACGUAAAGAAACCAUGACGUAGUGAUUACAUAGACCUCUUGCAUGUGACGUCAAAGGAGCUCAAUGUGGAGGACAAAACAAAAGAAUUUCAAUCUCCCGAGAAUUGGAACCUAUUGUAAUGUCCUCCAAAUUGAGCUUCAUUCUGACUUCCUGCAAGGGGUCUAUAGGGCAAUUCCUCUAGGGUAGACAGUAAAUAGAAAUUUGACUAGAGGCAUCAGAUGCCAAUGAAAAUUCCAUUCCAUUCCUUGAUAUUCGGGAAUGGCUAUCGGUAAAGUAUACAUGUAUUAUGGAAUAAAAAUAAUAUGCAUUUAUCCAAAAGGAGGGAUACGUGUAAAGCAAACUAUA